AUGACCGGUGCUGCUCGUCGCACGUUGUUUGUCGCCGCUCUGGCGAUGGUGGCGGUGCUGCUAGCGUGCAGCAGCUUCGCCCAGGACGCGUCACUGCCGUCCUCGCAGGGAUCAUCCUCGACAACCAUCACCACCACCACGACAACCGCCACUCCCGCACCGCCGACUCCCUCGACCACGACGACGACGACGACGACGGUGGCGCCGUGCAACAUCGGCGACUGCUACGCGUGUGCGCCGGGCAACCCCAACAGGUGCGUGUCGUGUGUGCCUGGCAUGGUUGUGUCGUCGAGCGGCUACUGCAUAAAUGCUGGCUCGUGCUAUGUGGCUGGGUGCGCGCAGUGUGCAUCGAACAACAACUGGGAGUGCCAGACGUGCUUUGCCGGGUACUCAUUGACUGCUGUGAAAGGCUGCGUCCGCAACACGCGCAGUGGUGCUGCUGGCUUGCCGUCUCUCGCCGCCACCGCCGCUGUCGCUGCUGUGGGCGCGGUGCUGCUGCUCAGCGUGUAG